CCUCCCUCCCGUUCUGAAUGGUGAUUAAGGACCUUCCGGAUUCCUCUGCUCCGGGGCCGUUCCUGGGCUUCAGAAGGAGCCCCCGCAUGCCCGGGUGAGGGGCCGACCUGGUCCUAGCCGCUCUGUAGCCCCCCGAGCCACACACCCACCAUGGGGAACCUAAUCAGCAGGCCCAGCUGCCUGGGCCAGAAGUCCAAGCAGGUGAGGUCCAACGAGGCCUUUCUGAAGGAGUGCUACCAACGCCGCCUAGAGCGGCCCGUCCCCGAGAGCCACGGCCAGCCACGCAGCGAGGAGGCGGGCAGGGCCAAGACGGUGGUGGGGGGGAAGGAGGAGGAGGAGGAGGAGGAGAAGCGGGAGGAGGAGGUGUCCCGCUCUCACACCCCCGUCUCGGACAAGCCCGCCCGCUGCUCCCCGGCCCCCACCGUCACUACCACCAGCACCCUGGACAACGCCUGGCAUUCCACCCCCUCUCCCAUCAAGCCCGCCGGCUCCCGGAACGGCACGCUGACCCGGAGGACGGUGCUGCCGGACUACGGCCGCUCCCCCCUGGCCCACCCCGGGCCGGGCUCGGCGGAGAGGAGGGCCAGCCUCCAGAGGAGAGACUCCAGGGAGGGGAGCCCCUGGUCCUGGAAGACCUUGGCCUCCAGAGAGGUCACGGAGGUCACGGAGGUCACGGAGACCAUUGUGACGGAGAUCGUGGAGGUGACCGAGUAUCCCUCUGGAGACAAGAGUGGAGACCCCAUAGUGACCCGGACGGUCAGGGUCCUGACCGGAGCGGCAGAGGAGCUGGCUGAGCUCCACAGCGAUGGUCAGUCCAGCUCAGACCAUGACUCCAGCCUGGACCGAUGGAGGGGAACGAGGUCGGUCCUGACUCUGAAAGAUGAGUUUGCAGAUUCGGAGACGUUCCUCCAGAACCUCGAGGCGCUGUUAACCUGGGUCUAUGAAAUAGAGGAGCUCGCGGCCAAUCAGAAGCCUCCGUCCUCUGAGUUUAAAGUGGUGAAAGCUCAGCUACAGGAACAGAAGUUGCUGCAGCGCCUCCUGGAGGACCGGAGACGCAGCAUGGAGGCCAUGAUGCAGGAGGGGCCGGGCCUGGCAGAGAGCCUGCCAGGGGAGGAGGGAGACCAGGCCACCAGACACAUCUCCACCAUCAGAACCAAGUGGGAGGCCUUGCUGCUGGAGGCCCAGAGCAGGCGGGUCAGUCUGGAGGAGAUCCUACCCCUGGCCCAGCUCUUCCAGGACAGGGUGGACAGCCUCCAGUACUGGCUGAUCUCCGUGGAGCAGGACCUGGCUGAGCUGCGCCAUGCGGAGAGGGCCAUGCUGCACCUUCCAGAGGCCACACAGCGGGCUCAGACCGUGGUGGAGCAGAUCAAACUGAGGAACGCUGACCUGGCAAAGGUCCAGCAGGCAGGCCAUGACCUCAUGGAGAACAUCUCAGAGGAGGAGCGGCACCAGGUGCAGGAGCGCGUGGACGGCCUCCGUAUCCGCUGCUCCGUGUUGAGCCUGAGCAGCGUGGACGUCCUCCAGAGGCUGGAGCAGGCCCUGGAGGCGUCGCGCCGCUGCACCUCCAGCCAGGAGGACCUGCACCUGUGGCUGGGCCGCAUCGAGAGCCAGCUGCUGGGCUCGUCCGCCUCCUCCGCGGGGGCCCAGACCCAGGGGGACGCUGUGCUGUGUGCAGCUGAGAGACAGAGGCUGGAGCAGGCGGUGGUGAAGGAGAUGUCUUGGUUCAGAAACACUGCCCAAGGUCUGGAGCAGCUCCGAACCAUCUGUCUGGACCCAGAACCCAUCUCUGCUCAGCUGCACGAGCAGAAGAUUCUUGCUGUGGAGAUCCUGCAGCACCGCUUUAACAUAGAGAAGAUGGUGAAGAUCGCUGAGAUCCUGCAGACGUAUGGAGAUGAGGGUGACACAGCCAACCUUCAGACCCCUCUGGAUGCCUUGCAGGAGCAGUGUAACUCCACCUCAGCCACCAACUCACACGUGGUGCUCCGUCUGAGCAUGCUCAGUCGCUCCUCGCCCAGUUCUCCGAGGGCAUCGCCGAGGUGUCGCCAUGGCUACAGGAAACCCAAAGCCUGAUUGGACAACUGUCCCUGAGCACCAUUAGUUACGAGGCCUUCAGGGAGCAGCAGGAACUCUUGCAGGGUCUGAGGGAGUCCAUAGCAGAACACAGGCCGCUAAUAUCCCGCCUGGUCUCACUGGGAAGCGCUUGUCUGAGCUAAGCCCCCGCCCAGGGGAGGAGUUCUGCCGGAGGGCCAAUGAGACGGAGGAGCAGCACAGAGCCAUCAGGGACAGGGUCCGAGAGGCUGCCAGCCUUCUGGAGGAGGCCCUGCCUCGAUACACACAGCUGAACGAGAGGAUGACGGUGAUCCGGGAGAGUGUGGAGCGUCUGCACGGCCGGAUGCAGUCUCCCGUCCCCCUGCAGGGCCU